ACCUCAAGGGAGUAAGGUCUCGUCGAGCUCGAUUCCAGAGAGUCUGAGGAUCAAUCUACAAAAUGCAUUAAGGAGUAAGGCUAUGAAGAAAUUCGUUGUGAAAUUGAGAUGUUGCAGCAGUUUAGUCAUCCAAAUGUUGUUCAUUACCUUGGGAGCUACCAAGGAGAACUGGAGAAGAGUACCUUUGGGUGUGAACUAGGGCAUUUACCUAAAAUCUUAACAUAUUCUUCAACCGGCUUACUCAUCCGGCUAACGGAAAACUCUCCAUUUUUGACCGGGUCUGCACAUAUGACUUGGAAGGAGAGGAAGGACUUGGAAAACAAAAAAGUGGUUUCUCUUGGGGGAAAGCCGCCAAAGAAGCAGAGACUACCACUCAGUGUGGCUCGAGUGAUGAUGAAGAAACAGAAAGAGAGGGAGCAAAAAGAGUUAGAAGAGAGUUUAAUACUAAGGCGAUUUGGGGUAAAUUAUGGCUCUAGCUCUAGAAGAGUUGCUUAAAGGCGCAACCCAGAGGAUAGGGUACUGAAAUCGAGUGAUCGUGAUCCCUUUCUAGACGGACAGAUGGUGGAGGAGUAUACUGUAUACGGCGGUAUUGGUGGCUGGAAUGGCGGUUCCGGCCAUGUGACUUCCAAACCGGAGAGACACUAACGCGAAACAGGCAUAGGGUUCUCCAGAGAACAUUCUCUAUUGCCCUUCAUACUCUAUCUCUUCUUCUUCUUUGCUCAGAAAGCUGUGAUAGUGCGAUUGAUAUGAUCACCAUAAUGUUGAUGAAGAGCAUUACAAGGGAGAUGAAAGAUGUGAAGGAGGG